GCCGACAAGAUCGAGGAUCCGAAGUGUCGGAUGGAGGAGCUGCGCAAACUGGUGCGCAACCUGCCCAAACACAACUACCACACGUUGAAACACGUCGUUUUGCACCUGAAACGUGUGGCCGACAAUUCGCACCUGAACCGAAUGGAGGCGAAAAAUUUGGCGAUUGUUUUCGGGCCGACGAUUGUGCGACCCGACAGCGAGCCGAUGGAAAGCAUGGUUACCAACAUGAACAAUCAGUGCAAAAUCGUCGAAAGUCUCAUUGCAAAUGCUGAGUGGUUUUUCCCGGAAAGCGACAACGAAUCAGUGCCGCCAACCGUUCAACUGGCCAUUCCCGAUCACGGCGACGACUCUGACGUCAACAAUCAGGCGCUGUUGAACAACAUCGGCAAAUACGAAGCAGCACUGAAAGACCAGAAAGAGAAGAACGGCGCGUUGCUGUCGUCGCUGUUUACGGCUGCGCAUCGCAAGGUGAUGCGCAAACCGUCGCGCACGCACACGCACGACGCGAGCCGCGACGAGCCGACCACGCCCACGCACCUGCGCACCUUCGACGAGUUUGCGGCCAAUGAGAAGCGGCGCUUCGCCGGCGCCGACCAAUCGGAGAUGGGCGCCAAGGCCAUCAUCCCCACCACUGUUAUGGAGCUGGAGAGCGGCGACAAACCGAGCGCGCAAACCGACAGGAACUGGUUCAACUACAAAACGGACCAGUCGGACUUUUCCCGGCGAAUUCAGAUUUUCAAGCAGGAAACGGAGGCGAUGUUGCAGCGGCCCCGCAAAACCGAAAUUUCGGUUUCCAAUAUCGACGCGAAAAGUGGGGGGCCGCUCAGCGUGUCCGCCACCAAUGUGAACGUGUGUGCGCGCGCAGCGCCCGCAGCCAAUCAGAACAGCCGCAACUCGAUGGACUCCGCCCACUUCAAGGGCGGCGCCAGGGCGGAGGCGGCGCGCCACUCCUAUGGGGCGGGGCUUGCGCCCUUCGGCGACGUUGCCCGAUUGGGGCUGAGGCGUGGCAGUUCGGUGGAGAACGUCAAUGCCAGCGUGCUGGACGUGAACUCCAAUGGCGGACUGAAAAAAGUCCGAUACGAGCCGGAGGGCGACAGUCAGCGCAAGGGCUCCCUGGACUCGCUGCACAAAAUCCCCAC